AUAGUUUCAGAAAUAUGAAAAAUGAAGAUGUAUGAUUUUUUGUAUAUAAUCCCUCUCCUAGGGUGUGCCUGGAGUUCUAUAGCGGGAGUAGAACUAGAACUCCGAAGAGGAGGAGGAGGAUCUGGAUCCAGGACGGAUAUAGGAUCGGAGCAGGAUGGGGAUGUUUUGUUCGAGAUUGAAGGAGCGAAAACGUUUGAUUAUGUUGAUGGUUUUAUUCAAACCCUGAGAGAUACUGAUGACAACUGUGGAGACUAUGUUGAAUGUGAGGACCAGGGAGACCAGGUGACCUGCUGCCCACCAGACUAUAAGUGUUGUCCCAUGCCGUCUGCCAUUACAGGCAUAGGAUGCUGCAGUUAUUCAAAUGGUGUAUGUUGUCCUGGUGGGGUCUACUGUUGUCCUGAGGACUUCAUUUGUACAGGAAAAGGUAGUUGCGCAUUUCUUAAACCUGAACACGUGACCGGAACACCCAUCAGUGAAGCUCCAACAUUAGUUACUGGAGAAACGGUUCCCCCCACCUGGAGCAGCACAGAAACUGCUCCAUCCACCUGGAGCAGCACAGAAACUGCUUCACUCAUCUAGAGCAGCAGCAAGCCUACAGAUUAGAUGAGCAGUCAACAAUAGCUUUGAGUUCUUAUUUAUAAGGAGCUGCAUUAAAGCUUCGUUCAUCUAAAAGAACAGCUCCAACAUUUGUUUAUUGGAUCAGCAGCUCUCCUGAAUUUCAGCUUUUUUCAAUUUUAUGAAGAGCUGUAAAUAUUGAUAUUUAAUGUUGAUGCUCUGGGAAGAUAAAUGAUGAAGAAUAUAAACUCUCCUAGGAGUAGAGAGCGCCUCAGGGACCAGUGUAUCCACAGUUUAUACUAGGAUACCCGGAGAAUAAUUAAACCGUUCUUAACUUUGUCUUCAAGAUUAGAUAAUAUGUAGAUAGAUGAG